CCAUCACUAAUAUUCUCUCUUUAUUUAGCUAAGCUUUUGAGCAAUGGAAUCCAAAAGAACCUCAUCAUUUGCUCUCUUUCUUGUGCUCAACCUUCUCUUUUUUACUCUUACCAGUGCAUGUGGUGGUGGCUGCCAGCCUCCUAGGCCCCGACCUAGACCCAGACCCAACCCCAGACCUAACCCCAACCCCUUUCCCAACCCCUUUCCAAACCCCAACCCCAACCCCAAUCCCAACCCCAAUCCCAAUCCUAACCCCAACCCCAAUCCCAACCCUAACCCAAACCCUAACCCUAACCCCAACCCGAACCCUUCGCCGGGAAGAUGCCCAAGAGAUGCACUAAAACUAGGCGUUUGUGUUAAUGUUCUUGGCGCACUGCUUAAUGUGACAAUUGGGCAGCCUCCUGUUCAACCGUGCUGCUCUCUCCUCGAAGGUCUCGUCGAUCUCGAAGCUGCUAUUUGCCUUUGCACCGCUAUUCGAGGGAGCGUUUUGGGUCUCAGACUCAAUCUUCCAAUUAGACUAAGCUUGCUUCUUAAUGUCUGCAGCUUUAAUACCCCACCGCAAUUCCAAUGCCCCUAGAAAACAUGCAGAUCCAUAUCUUUUCUUGGGUGGGUCUUCGUUUAAGUAUCAAAAGUUCAUUUUCCUUCUAUGCUUUAUGAUUUAUGCAGAUUGUAUUUUUUUUUGUCUUAGCGGGAGGAUCUUUACUAUAAAUAAGUUAGUUCGUGUGUUUAAGUAUCCUAUUUUAAUCGUUUCAUGAAUAAUAAAAAGUGAUUUUUUUCA